AUGCAGACUGAUAAUUUAGCGUGGAAGGGCACGACCUGUUCAAAAUUCACAGAUAUUUUAGAUGACGAAAUAGACUGUUCGCAGCCCAUUUCAUUACCUUCAUCAAAUAAUUCAGAUCUUCAAGAACAUUCGGUGCUAGUGCAAAAUCGACCACCUAAAAAUACCGGUCAGGAGGGUAAUUUUCGGAGCAUUGAAGAAAUAGAUCUAAAGUAUAGACACGUAUUCUCUUAUCCGUAUUUUAAUUUAGUACAAUCGAGUGUUAUUGAGGAUGCAUUAUAUACAGAUAAAUCGAUGGUAGUGUGUGCGCCGACAGGUUCUGGUAAAACAGUUAUAUUUGAAAUGGCUAUAGUACAUUUACUAAUGGAACUCGAAGACAAAAAUUACACAGAUGAUUUUAAAAUUAUAUACAUGGCUCCAGUAAAAGCCUUAUGCACUGAAAGAUUAUCUGAAUGGUAUCCAAAAUUCAACAAACUAGGAUUAUUGUGUAUCGAGGUAACUGGUGAUACGGACGUUGAAUUCCCACAGUUGAAGCCCUACAGAAUAAUAAUAACAACACCAGAAAAGUGGGACAUGCUAACCCGUAGGUGGAAAGACCACCGAUCUCUAGUCGAAGUUAUCAAACUGUUCCUUAUUGAUGAAGUUCACAUACUGAAUGAUGAAAUACGUGGACCUGUUUUAGAAGCCGUCGUCAGUAGAAUGAAAACUAUUGAAUCAUCAGCUCAAUCGGCCCAUCGUUUAGAAAAACUCAAAGCACAAUACGAAGGAAAAAAUUCAAUAAGUUCAGUAUCAGCAGCCAAGAUAAGAUUCGUAGCCAUAUCUGCUACUGUUAGUAAUCCUGAUGACGUCGCUACUUGGCUCGGAAGCGCAGAUCGACAGGCUGUUUAUUAUAAAUUCGGUGACGAGUGUCGGCCCGUUAAAUUAAAACGUAUAGUAGAAGGGUAUCCGUGUGCAGACGGCACUAGCAUAUUUAAGUUCGAUAUCGUACUUAAUUAUAAGCUUUGGCCAAUCAUCCAGAAAUAUCACAACGGGAAACCUACUUUGAUAUUCUGCAAUACAAGAAAGAGUGUAGUUUUAACCGCGGAGACGCUAGCAAAAGAAAUAACGGUUAGCUUCAGCUCGGAACAGAAGAUGAAAUUGACAGCACUGGCGUCUACUAUAAAGACUAAGAAAAUUCAGUCAUUGAUCCUGUGCGGUGUGGGAUGUCACCACGCCGGCUUACUUUUUGAAGAGCGAAUGAACAUAGAGCAUGCGUUUCGGAACAGAGACCUUCCUAUACUUAUUACUACAACUACUUUAGCAAUGGGGGUUAAUCUCCCGGCACAUCUCGUGAUUAUCAAAAAUACUCAGCAAUACGUCAAUGGAGCUUAUCAGGAGUACAGCAUUAGCACCAUCCUCCAAAUGGUGGGUCGCGCGGGCCGACCGCAGUACGACACUGAGGCCACCGCAGUUAUUAUGACAAGAUUACAAGACAAGUCCAGGUAUCAAGCUUUAGUUGGUGGAAGCGAGCCUCUUCAAAGCUACUUGCACAAACGUUUAGCUGAGAAUCUAAAUAGUGAGGCAGCACUUGGUACUGUCUGCGACGUCGCUCAAUGUGUGCAAUGGCUCAACUCAACGUUCCUUAGCGUGCGAGCCGCGCGUGAUCCGAAGAGAUACCUGGGUCUUCCGCAAGCUGCGCCUGCGCACCAAAUUUCUAAGAAAAUAGAAGAGCUCUGCGUAAAGGCAAUGAAUGGUUUGGCUAGCGCCGGGCUGAUAACAAUGGAUGAAGCAAGCUGCAUAGAAUCGACGGAAGCCGGUCGUCUUAUGUCUGUAUAUUAUUUAGAUUUGGGAACUAUGAAACUCAUAAUGAAGUUGGAAGGAACAGAAUCUCUGGAACGCCUGCUAUGGCUCGUGUGCGAGAGUCACGAGCUCUCAGACAUGCACCUCCGAGUUGACGAGCGAAGAUGUCUCAACGCCUUGAACAGGAACAACGCCGCGGCAACCAUACGUUUUCCUAUGAAGGGAAAAAUUAACAGCAGACAGAUGAAGCUUAACUGUAUAAUUCAAGCUGUGCUCGGUUGCUUGCCUAUCCCGGACCCUUCUCUCAACCAAGAAGCAAUGAAGAUCAUAAGAAUUGCGGAUAGAGUGUGCAAAUGUCUAGUAUCUUACGUAACACGAUCCAAUCUUAUUUCUCAAAACCCGAGAUUCUUUGCGACAAUACUAAAUUCAUUGAUCCUAGCUAAAUGUAUAUCGGCUCAGUUAUGGGAAAAUUCGCCUUACGUCAGUCGACAAUUAAAAGGGAUAGGACCGACUUUUAGUGCUUUGCUCGCGUCUGCCGGAAAAGUUAACUUCAUGUUACUAGAAGAAAGUCAUCCGAGAGAUUUGGAAAGGAUAAUGAACAAGGCUCCACCAGCUGGUAAUAUUAUGAGGAAACAAAUAAAUUUACUUCCAAAGUACAAUCUUACUACGACACCAAUAAACGAACAAACUGUACAAAUACAACUGUCGUUGUUAAAUCAUGCCUUAUUGGCUGAAAAUAUCGAACACCUAACUGCUGGUGCCUGUCACAAGAGCUACGUGAUUGUCGGAGAUUCUGAAAACAAUCUAUUAUACUUUACGUAUUUUAGGGAUUCCGAUCUAAUAAACAUUUAUGACGGAAUCAUGACCUUUAAAAUUAACAGAAAACAUGAUAACGAACAUAAAAUAUUUAUUCACUGCAUUAGUUCAAGUUUUGUGGGUAUAGAUGAACAGUGUCAAUUUUUGUUUAAGGAUUUAUAUAAUAUUCCUUCUGACAUUGAAAGUGCUAAAUAUUCAGCAGCAGUAGCAGUAAUAAAUCCAAACAAACAAGCUACUUCUAAUAUCAACAAAGAAAGAAAAAGAAAGUCUUCAAACGAUAACACAAUAACACAAUCUAAAGAAAAGAAGAAACGUGAAAAUGAUCUAUUAGCAAAAUUUAAAUUCCUUAAAAAGUCUUUAGGGAACACGUCAAAUGAAUAUAAAGAAAAUUUGCAUAAAACUGCAGAACUAUCAAAUAGUAUACUACAAAAUUUGACAAAAUCAGAAAACUACGAUAUUAUAAAUAAAACUGCUAAUGAGCCAGACGAUACAAAUCUAAUUUUAAGUAAUGAUAUUCAAAAUGCUUUUCAAAUAGAUUUUGAAUAUGAUGACUCUGAAGACGAUAAACAAGUAAACGAUAUUCUGAAUGAAAUCGAAAAUGAAAUUGAAACUGGAGAUAAUACAAUUAAUGCCACAAUAUCUGCAGAUGUAAAUUAUCAUUCACAAAAAACUAACCACGGUCCACAUACAAAGCAAUAUUUAAAAGAAAUAGCUAGUAUAAAGGGCGAAAAAGCAAACGUUAUAGAUGUAGGCGUUGAGUGUCAAAAACAUAAUACUAUUAUGAUGAAAAAUACAGAAGAGUGUAAAACCACAAAUUAUUCAGAAGAUCCAAUAUAUAAGAGUGAAAGAGAUUUCCUAAAAAAAGAAGAAAUUGCUACGCAGAAUGAUUGGUUAUUAUUCGAAAAUGAUAACGUACUUAAUAAAAAUAUCGAUGCAAUAUCCGUCGAAACCAACAGAAACGAUUCAAACGUGUUACUUUCAAAAAAAGAAUUAAUUGUUAAAGAUGAAAACAAAACCGUCCAACCACGAGACAAAAAUGACGUCGAAUCUGGACAAGCAAUGCCGAGCGAAAAGAUUAAAGAGAACAAUUUUACAUGCGCUGAUGUAAAACUAAAGAGAAAGUAUAGAAUCAACGAUUUAGACACAAUAAAUGUAGAAUUGCCAAAUUUUUUAAUAGGAGAAAGUCAAGCAAUGGGCAUUAAAACUGUAGGUAACAUCGUAAGUCAAAAUAUAAGAAAUACAGAACAAGUAGUGAAGUCAGAAUUCAUUGAUCAAAAUAUUCAAAGUAGUGUUUGUGACCCAGAAGAUAAAACACACGAAAUAGAAGCUAACAUAUCACCACAAUUUAAAUUAGAGGAAGUAACAAAUUUGGACUUAGAGGUAACCGACGCCAUACUUAAUCCAAAAAUGCUUUUACAAUGUAUAAGCAAGGACAUUACUAAUGACAUAAUACCUCCACCACCUGAAUUCGGCGAUAACGUUACUUUUCAACCAACGUCACCGUUUGUUCUACCUGAUGAUAAGAUUAAUAGGGAAUACAAUUUGAUGGACUUUAAAGAUAGUAAAUAUGAUAACGAAAUAAAUAAUAUAUUUAGUGAAAAUUAUGAAACCGAUUUAACUCCAUAUAAAGAAAUUGAAACAUGGACAUUAACAGAAAACGUCGAACCACGUGAUGAAGUAUUUAGUCCUAGUCAGUGUUAUACAGUUAAGCGUAAAAAUGCAAGGGAUCCUAACAUCGCAACCAUUAAUUCCAGUGAUAUAUUCACUCUAACACCUAGUUCUCAGCUUCCCUGCAAAGUUUUCCAUCAUGUUUCAAAAAGAAAACCUAUACGUUCACUGGUAAAAUUGAAAUAA